UUUUCUAAUAUGAUAUAUGUAUACAAUCAUAUUUUUGAAACGUAUAUGCAGUUUUUUUAUUCAUCAUUCGUAAACUGUUCCCAAAUACUGUCGCGCUAUCGUAAUUAAGUCUAACCAUAGAAAUUUGCUUCAUUUCACGGCGUGGACGACAAUAUAUGGUGAACGAUUGCAGUAAUGGAUCAUGAAGAUGAAGAUAAAAUUACGGAGCAACAGACAAAACCAGUAAAGGAUCUGGAAAGUGAAACCGAAAUCUUUGAGACUGACAAAAUUGAAACAAAAAAUGGAAAAGAUGCAGGUAGUUUACAAAACACAGUAAGACCCCAGAACUCUGACAACAAUAUUGCAAGAAAUGGGGACAGCGGCACAUCAAAUUCUUCAGAAAUGAUAAAGAGUCCCACUGAAAAGUCAGUAAAGCAGGUUGAGAUGGGCGAUUUGCAGGAAGUUUGUUCGGCAUCAAGGGAAAACAAAACAAAGAGUGGAAAGUCAAAGAGAGGAAUUUCAGAAGGCCAAGUGGGUGAUCAUAGUAAAAUUUCUAUGGAAGAGUCCAAGAGCAGUUUGGACGCAGACUCUAGUAAACGUCAAAAGACAGAAGAAACUGCAAAUGGAUCAUUGGAUGCUGUAAAUGAAGACCAGGUUCCAUUAAAGUUUCAUAAGUUGAAAUCUAAAGUUAGAAAUCGAAACUACCGUGGCAAACAAAACCUACCAGAUGAAGCUACAGAUAAUUCUGAUGAAAUCGUUGCUAGCGAAUCUACUGGAGAAGAUAUGGACACUGGUAAUGUUGACGAUGCCACUAAUAGUGAAGAUUCAACAGCAAUAUCUAAUGAAGGUUUGAAUCUGGAUGCAGGUGAAGUUGAAAAUAGAGGAAGUAGAGAAGAAAACAGUGAGGAAUUAGGGGAGAAUAGCGAAGAAGAAGAAAAUGGCAAUGAUGGGGGUGAUGAUGACUCUGACGAAUGGACUUCAGCUAGCGACAAUGAUUCAGUAGAGCCAGAUCUUGAGGUGCUGUCUAAAGAAAAGCCUAAGCCCCAAUGGUUUAUUGUUCCUGAACUUAUAAAUCGCCAACUGGGAUCUAAUGCGUUGUUUCAGAGAAGAUUUUAUGGUUCUUUACACACUGUACAGCGACUGGAACUCAUGUACAAGCUAAAAGUGCAUAAGGGUUGUGUUAAUACGUUAAGUUUCAACCAAAGAGGCAAUCUGCUGGCCAGCGGCUCUGACGAUUUAAUGGUAGUCAUUUGGAACUGGGCUCUUGGGAAAAAGCAGCAUUCGUUCAAAACAGGCCACAGAAGUAAUGUUUUUCAGGCAUCAUGGUUGCCUUUGCCAGUGGAACAUUUGAUGGUAACUUGUGCACGUGAUGGGCAAGUCAGAUUGGCAGAUCUGCAUAGGCCGGCCACAGAUUAUACCCGUCGUCUAGCGAUUCAUGAUGGUCCAGCUACUAAGCUUUCAAUCCAUCCAGAUCUACCGCAUGUUAUACUUUCUGUUAGCGAAGAUGCUGCGGUAUUCUUAAUCGAUAUACGACAGAGCAAACCUACGACACUUCUGACAGUGAAAGAAGGGAAUUCUCAUGUCGCAAUAUACAGCGUCAAUUCAAAUCCACUCAAUAGUAACGAAUUUUGCUUGGGUGGACGGGACCAAUAUGUCAGAAUAUAUGACAAGCGAAAAGCUUCAUCACCAUUACAUAAGAUGUGUCCAAAACAUUUACAAACCAACAAACAUCAUGCCCAUGUUACAUGCGCCAAGUACAAUUACAAUGGAUCAGAAAUUGUAGGAUCUUAUAACGAUGAAGAUAUUUACUUAUUCGACACUCUUCUCCCAUCACCAAUCGGUGAUUUCGCACACAGGUAUCAGGGUCAUCGAAACAAUGCAACAGUGAAGGGAGUGAAUUUCUUUGGACCUAAGAGCGAGUUUGUUAUCUCGGGAUCAGAUUGUGGUAAUAUUUAUGUCUGGGAAAAAAAUACCGAAGCAAUCGUGCAGUGGAUGGCUGGGGAUGAAUGUGGUGUGGUAAAUCGGCUUGAGCCGCACCCACAUAUUCCAGUAUUGGCCACCAGUGGAUUAGAUUAUGACGUAAAGGUGUGGGUUCCAUCGUGUGAGGAGCCACCGUCAAUGAAAAAUUUGGAAACAUGUGUCAGGCAAAACAUGAAAAGCAGAGAGAGAGACGUAUCGCGUGAGCCUGAUGCAUUUGAUGGGCAAUUAUUAUGGUUUCUGUGGAGACAAGGCACAGAAACGGAAGAGUUAAGACAGAGGCGUAUUCGUAAUUUUGGUCGAUGGGCCGGCAAUGGGGGAAAUCGUGAUGACAUAGACUCAUCCAGUGAUGACUCCUCAAAUCACAGCAAUAGCCCAUCGGAAGAUGAAAGUGAUGGACGACCUCAGUGUUCUCCAUCUUAAGCGAAAUAUGGUGAGUCUGCACAGUAUGACGCAAUGGAGUCGUUAUUAUUACCUACUGAUUUAGUGGGCACAUUGUAAAAGCUGGAAUGGUAGCAAAAAUUCCAUCCAUUUCCACAUAUUUAUAUGUGAAAUAUGAUGGAAAUACUUUGUAAACUUUUAUACAAGUACCGGAUAUCUUGUAAAUAAUGUAAAAAGUUCCUCAUGCCUGCGAUGGGAGGAGCUUAUUGUCUUUGUGUGUUUACAAACCAGAUACUUGAAAUCUGGGUUCUCAUAAGUUAAAAAUAUGAACAAUUUAAAUACGUGCCAACAUUGGUUUUUUUUUUUUUUUUUUUUUUUUUUUUUCUU